CGCUUCUAGGCGUUUCUCUCUCGGAGGGCGGAUUCGAUGCGAGGAUCGAUUUUCCGCCAGUACGGAAGUAGACGCGCUUAAAAGACAGUCGCCGCUGCGGGCCGGUCGUCACUUGUUCGCUCCUCCGGCUCAGCACUCUCCAGUCUCUGGAAGGUCAGCUUCGUUCGGCUACCAAGCCAUCCUCGUACGCGAUCACUGCAACAUUAGCCACUGCUGCUGCUGUCGCUGCUCCGAUCUCUCCUAGAGCUCCUGCCCACUGCACGAUUGCGCAUCCAAGAUGGUGAAAGUGGAGAUCGACAGCCCGAUGGUGCGCUACUCGGCGGACCUGAUUGAGGCCGACUACGUGUACUCGAUGUCCGAGGCCAAGGUCGAGGGCAACGUGUGCCGCGUGCGGCCGCGCGACGUCCGCAUGACGUUUCGCACCAAGAGGCGCGUGCCCCGGCUGGGUGUCAUGCUGGUCGGCAUGGGAGGCAACAACGGCACCACCGUGGUGGCCGCCACGCUGGCCAACAAGCUGGGCCUGUCCUGGAGAACCAAGGACAAAGUCCAGCAUGCCAAUUACUACGGGUCCAUCACGCAAGCUUCUACCGUCAGCUUGGGGACUGGGCCCCAGGGAGAUGUCUGUGUGCCGAUGAAGGACCUGCUGCCCAUGGUGAAUCCGAACGAUGUAGUCUUUGACGGCUGGGACAUAUCGAGCCUAAACAUGGCCGAGGCCAUGCGCAGGGCCCGGGUGCUAGACGUGCAGCUUCAAGAUCAGUUGGCGCCCCACAUGGAGAAGAUGCGGCCUCGGCCUGGUAUCUUCGACCCAGCCUUCGUUGCCGCCAACCAGGAGGACCGCGCCGACAACGUAAUACCAGGCAACAAACAGCAACAACUGGAACGCAUCCGGGCUGACAUCCGCGAGUUCGUUGCCUCGAGCAAAGUGGACAAGGUGAUCGUACUCUGGACAGCCAACACGGAACGCUAUUGUGACGUCACUGAUGGCGUCCACGACACGGCUGCAAGACUUCUUGACGCCAUCGAAAAUAGCCACCCUGAAAUCUCUCCGUCGACAAUCUUCGCUGUAGCCGCAGUGCUCGAAGGCUGCACCUACAUCAACGGGUCCCCCCAGAACACCUUCGUGCCGGGACUUCUGGAGCUGGCCAGGCAGCGCCAGGUCUUCUUGGCUGGUGAUGACUUCAAGUCUGGCCAGACAAAGCUCAAGUCGGUGCUCGUGGACUUCCUCGUGUCGGCCGGCAUCAAGCCAGUCUCCAUCGUCAGCUACAACCACCUAGGCAACAACGACGGCAAAAACUUGUCGGCUCCCGCCCAAUUCCGUUCCAAGGAAAUCAGCAAAAGCAACGUUGUCGACGACAUGGUUAACAGCAACUCCAUCCUCUACGCUCCGGGAGAGAAGCCGGAUCACUGUGUGGUCAUCAAGUACGUGCCAUACGUGGGCGACAGCAAGCGUGCCAUGGACGAAUACACGAGCGAGAUAAUGAUGGGCGGCCAUAACACCAUUGUGGUGCACAACACAUGCGAGGACUCGUUGCUGGCAGCGCCGCUCAUUAUCGAUCUGUUCGUUCUGGCUGAGCUGUGCGAACGCAUCGAGUUCAGCGUGGCCGGCAGCAAGUUCCAGGGCUUCCACAGCGUGCUCUCUCUGCUGUCGUACCUCUGCAAAGCGCCCGCCGUGCCUCCCGGCGCGCCCGUGGUCAACGCACUCUUCAAGCAGCGCUGCUGCAUCGUCAACGUGCUGCGUGCCUGCAUAGGCCUGGCGCCCUGCCAUUUCAUGGAUCUCGAAUUCAAGGCCAGUGACGCGUCCGUCUGGGAGCGCUCUAAGAGCGCCCUGGUGCCCGAGGAGUCCGGCUCCAAGAAGCAGGCCCGCUCGCCGCACGAGGUGCGCACCAUCGCCUGAGCAGCCACUCGGCUCGUCCUGGCCCCAAGCCACCGCCGGCCGCAGAUCUCACGCGAAGAACUGUUUUCGUGCAACUGCUGUCCCCGAAAGGAUGACACUGUCUUGGCGGGCGCGAGCCGCUGUUCACUUGCCUUCUACGCAGGACGCUAAUGUCGGAUCAAAAACGCCAGUGAAUGGAUUGCUCGUAGGGCUCUCAAAGCGCUACGUACAAAUUUCUCGUCCUGCAAUGCACAAUUGUCAAACAUCGAAUCGUUCUGGCAAGGUAGCAAUCUUGCGAUGAAAUUUGAAAUCGCUUUCUGAUCGUUGUUUCGUGAAACUAUGACUUCAGUAGCAAACCGAGAACUAGGUGGCCGACGUUUAAAGUGCUUUCACGAGAAUAACACGUAUUGCCCUGUUUUGGACCAAAGGCUGCCUCUGUACACUAGUUUUAAUGUUUUUGACGGCGCCUGCCAUGAUCACUGUCGUCAGGACUAGUAAGUACACAAGCUUCUCACAUUUCCGCCUCCCGCCAAAUACAUGCGCGCGCGCACACACGCAUACAAAACACACGAACACACUGGAUUCUCUCCUGACUUUCUGAACAUUCUUAUGCGUAGUCUCCCUCAGCCAUGCUUUAGUGUAAUUGAGGGAUCGGAGCGCUCUAGGCAGCCGAGUUCCAGCGUGCGAGUACUGAACUACUUCCUUCGUAGAUAAAGCUGCACUUGAAAUUUGCGCAUUUCUUCUCUUUCGUGUUCUUUUUUUUUUUCGUGCACGUGUCGUGAGGAAUGUACUCAACUUGUUCUUUUGAAGCCCUUGUUUAUUAUAACUGUCUUCGCGCCUCCCUAUAGCACUAUAGUGGCAGCUUAUUUUUAAAAAUAGCUCGGUAGUUUUCAUCCAUGUAUUUUCGAGCGUAAAUAGAUGAGUGAACACGCCACGUGUUAUUGCUGUAUACUAUUCGGGAUGAGUUACGCGCCUGAGAAAAGUGUGCAUUCGCACACAGUGAUGGGAACUUCGCAUUUCGCUUGAGCGAUGCGCAAUGCGAGGGUCCGUGUGACUGAUCUCUGUGCGAAUGACAGGGUUUGGCAGUGAGCGAAUCCAUUGCGCUUGUGCGUACGCAUUGCGAGCAACAAAUGGAACAGCUCUCUGCGGUGAAAGAAAUGGAGCGGCUUUUCCUGCUCGUUUUCGUACCUGUGCACACAUGCACACGGGUGGGUAUCGCGCUUUAUCAAUAGACAACUUUUUUAAAUGAACGCGUUUUGUUUGUGAUGUUGAAGCGCGUUCAUCUGCGUGUGUGCCGUAUUCUCAGCAACAAAGACAGCUGUCUGUAGCCACAGGAAAUGUGACGCUUGCGUCUCUUGUUACACUUGCGGUCGCAUUCGAGCGCCCCUGCCAGCUGCAAAUUUUUGUGCAGUUCAACCAUACUCCACGUGCUCUUAUCUGGUCAGGUCACUUAUGCGCGUUUUUUUUUCCUACUAUUAUUAGAUUUUUCGUUCAUACACGCUGUGUGGUUUCUUUCUGGACUGAGGAGCUUUCUGACAAUGAGCAACGCAGCAUUUUGUGCCGCCAGACUCGAAGCUCGGCAAUACAUGGAAUUGGCGAGCUGUGGCUUGCAAGAUCACGUCCCGUCAUGGCAGCGUUCUCAAACUCGGUUGCUUGCACCGAAGGCCUCCUCAAGACCAACACCUAGCUCCUGUGGGAGAUGGACACUGUAACAGUUGCAACUUCUGGACAGUAUCGUCCUGAGAUAGUCCCUGUAACUGCCGUGUCGUUGAACUCGGCGCAUGUGCAUGGGAAACCUUCUCUCAAGCCGCGGACCUUUUAAUAAGACUUUUCUUCCUGUGAAUGAAUCAACUGUAUUGUAUUCUGUCUUAGCGAUGCUUUUGCGCGCUUUAUAUGUAGGGUUGUUCGUUUUCGGGCAAAACCCGAUUUUACCCGAUUUUGCACCCCGAACGUGUUCCUAACAUAUCGGGUAAAACCCGAUUUUUCCCGAUUUCUGAAACAACUGUGCCCACGGAAUUGCUGUGCCUCCAGUUGGCGCGCAGGCGAGAGGCGGCGAAAGUGGCCGACAGACAGACAAUCGUUGACUGCAGACCCCGUGGUUCCAGAAGCGGCUGCUGAGUCAGUCGUUUGAUGACUACCGACCUCUCUUUAAUUCCGUGAUGGACGAUGUAGGCUCGCUUCGCGAGGAGUUCAACCAGUACUUGCUGGAAGCAAGCCCCACAAAUGAAGGUGUUGAAGUGACGGACUUUUGGAACGACGCAACUGUGCGUUACCCAAGGCUAGCAAAUGCAGCGUUAUCAUUGUCGUGCCUAGCUAAUGGCAGCUGUGACGUUGAGCGAACGUUCUCUCAGCUAAGGUACCUGCAGAGACCCGACAGGUCUCGUAUGGAAACCGAGAUGUUGCGCAUGCAGAUGAUUAUGUAUGUUAAUAAGGACGUGUAGAACGUCGAUGACCAGCCCUCGUGAAUAAAAUGUUUCUUUUCUCAAGACUGA